CUGAUGAGUUCUGAGAAAACGGACAAACGAGAAACAAGGAAAAUGGAUCCCCCAGACAGAAUCGAAUUCCUUAUGUUAACGGUUAACUAUCUGGAACAGGGGAACUUAGUUCAAGCGAAAGAAUCAUUACGAAAGAAUCACCAGUAUUUUCAAGACUUGUCGCCAAGUGAGUUGUCAAAACCCACUUUACAGGAGAUAGAGAUAGUAAACAAGGCAGAGAAAAUAUCGAUAGAGAAUGUGGCGUGGAGUCUUCGAACUGGAGUAAUUUUGAUGCCCCAGACGUCUGCAAAGAACAACUUCUUUGUCCGCUUCGCCAAUGUAGUUGGUGCUGUUGCUUUAAUCACGAUUUGUGUUGAUAUAGCUGAGAAAGUAUUUGCGCAGUUAAAAGAGUACAUUGAGAAUGCUGAAGACGAAGAAUCAGUUAUUAGCCUUGGAGUUGCCCUUAAUAACUUAGGUUGCGUGUAUAUUAACAAAGGAAGUUUUCAAAACGCAAAAGUUAGUCUUCAAAGAGCUCUUGCGAUGUUUGAGGUAGUCAAAACAGGAAAAGAGUGUGUCACUGUCAAGGAGAAAAUAGCAACAAUAACAAAUAACUUACGACUGGUGCAUCAGGCUCAGAGGAGCCAUGUAGCUGACAUGCAAUUACAAAAGGAUCUCCUUUCUAACGUAAGCCGCUUCGCCAUGCAACCAAGAAUCACUGCAGUUGUUGAUUACAAUACAGCCCUAACCUCUCUGGAUAACAGAAAUCUUAGAAAAGCUUUGGACGAACUUGGGACUUUAAAAGCAUUUUGUGAAACAAAAUUACACCAAAACAAGGGACUGUUAACCUGCAUUUUGUUAAAAAUCCGUUUAGUUUGUUUGAAGCUUCAAGCCUCUAGUGGGACCACGACAUUUAUUGAUACUAAGAUUUCGACCUUUCAAGGGCUGAAGGAACUUGUUGAUAUUAGUACAAACUUUUCGUUAGACUUCUUAGUCACAAUUGUGGAGACGGUGGCCGACAUUCACCUUUAUCAAGGUAAUCUUGACCUUGUCUGUAGUUAUUUCUCCUAUCUUGUACCGGUUGUUCGUGAAAGAUGUGGUGCAGAUCACACAACAGUUGCUUCCAUUCUUUCAAAACAAGGACUUAUUUUCCUCCACUUGGAAAACUUCGCAUGUUCUAGGCAAUGCUUUACCGAUGCAUUAGAGAUUUUCACCGGAGCUUUUGGUGCUAUUCACCCCGAUGUUCUCAAAUGCAAUGCAGGUCUUUCUAGGCUAGAAUGGCUCGAUGGAUGUGAAGAAAAAUCUUUAACGCACAGUCGGACAGUUCUGGAAAAUGUGGAAAGGAUUUGCCAAGUCUCAUUUGAGUGUCAAUUGAAGCCAAAAUUCAUUGAAUUGUUUUCACAAAGCGGAAGAACACCAUCUCCUCGUGUCGAUCAUGAAGAACAACUAAAACUCGAAACUCUGGUUUCUGAGUUUGGUAUAGAAAUAACAAGGGUUCUCAACCAGCAUCAACCGACUGAUCUCGGAGAUUGUCCAGGAACACUAUCAGAAAGUGAUAAUGUUGUGGUUUCCUUCAUCUUCAAGGAAUUAUGUGCAAAGCUGAGCUUUAACUGGUUCAAAUUUGGUCUUUGUUUGUUUAACCUUGGAGUGGAUCAAAGUGUCGCCUUUCUCUUUCUCUCGUGUUCAUAUGCAAGAUUGUUUUACGAUCAUUUUGAUUGUUCUGAAGUCAUUUUACUGAAAGUGAUUUUUGUUGUGUGUCAUCUCAAAUCUAAGACGUGUCAAACCUUCCCGAAAGCUCAAGAGAGAUUAAAAAAUGAAUUCGGACGGUUGAAGAACUUCAUUGAGGACAAAGCGAAGAGAUUUGAUAAACCGGAAAGCAAAACUAUAUUUUUUGACGAAAAUACAAACUUGAUGAUUGCUCUGGCAGUAAUCCUUCAGUCGUUUGUAGAAAUGGAAAUGUUCGAGAUGAUAGCUGAUGUGCAUAGUUUAUUUUCUUUCCUGUCAAACCAACAGUCUCCGCAGGUAACUCACGUAGUUCUCGUUGAAGAGCUUCGGUUUGCAUUUUUUCGUUCAAACAUACAAUGUCUUGGCAAACAAGUUAUGCAUGACCUGAUCUUUUCGACGCCUCUUGAGAUGAACAAUCGAAAAAUCUCAGACGAAAACGAUGCAGAUACUCCCUGCAACUCUCAAAGUAUGGAGAUUACAAAAUCUUUACAUAAAGAUGACAACUUUGGAGAAAGGAAAUCGAGGCAAAUUUUCAAAACUCUGGCACUCAAAACUGAUAAUACUCAGUGGAAAGGAUCUUACAGAUUUCUUGUGGAGUGUCCAAUAUCUCGUGGAGUUGACAUUUCAGUACUAAAUAAAAUAAAUGUGUGGAGUGUAAAUGCAGUAGAAGACAGUCUGCCUCACUUGAUCUCAUGUAGCCAUCAGAACAUAGAAUUGACAACACAAUAUUUCCUAGAAUUGGAACUCCUAGCCUCUGCGGAAAGCGCUCUUUCUUCGAUUUCUGGUGAUUUUUCCCUUUUGCCACUCGUGCUAUCGGCAGCUAAGGAUGGUUCAGAAUCUGAAACGAAAUCUCCGGUUCUCGUCAACCUAGAGAACACUUGUGAAGGAAGCCUAGCAUUUAUUUUCCAAGACAAAGUUUUUGCGAAUUUUCUAUUCGGAAAGCUUUUAAAGCAAAUUUUAACCAAUGAAGACGAGCUUGGUGAGGUUGUGAACGUGGUUAUCAAAGACAGCCAACUCGUGUUGAAAAUCCAAGGUCCACCCAUAGUGCAAAUAGUAAUUCAGUGCCAUGAAGACACCAUCAAAGUGAAAACCCACUUGAUUCACUAUUCUCAAAGCCUUACAAAAGUUGAGAUUGUCCGAGAAGAAGUCCCACUAUGCAAUUGCUCUCUUAUUGAGAUGGUCAUCGCUGACAAAAUGGAAAAAUGUGCUCGCAGUUUUGGCAUUCAUUUUGAGACAAAAAGUGAUAAUGCCUGGUGUACUGCCUCACAUCUGACUGGAGACGCAAGGGAUAUUUCAAUGAGAGUUCACCAGCCGCUAGAAAUGCAGCUUAAAGCCGAACGCCAAGGCCGUAUUUCUCCUCUCCCGACCUUGCUUUCUAGACAGUCCCUCCUGUCGGAGUCAUCGACUCAAACAGAUUCCUUGAGUAUUCCCUCAACAUGUGAUCUUAGUACUCAAACAGAGCUCAGUGACUCUGAUGAGUCUGGAAAUCUGGUGGAGCCCACAUCAUCAUCCAGUGAAUUAAGUAUAUCAUCAUCAUUACCUCAAACGUCAUCGUCAUCGUCAUCAUCAUCUCCAUCUUCAUCAUCGUCAUCCUCCGGUGAAGAAGGUACAGUUGAGGUCUCCAGAAGGUCAAGGUCAGGGCCGGCAGAGAAAGGUAAAUUAUCAGUGAAUUCCGUCCAUUCGUGUGGUUUAGAACUUGAAAAACGAGAAAAUUCGGAGGAAGAAAGAUCUAGCAUGGCUUAUCUCAGUGUUUCAAAGUUCAACGAUAUUAGCAACGGUGCAGAGGAAGGACAGAUAAAUAAACCACCACUCAUUCCGCCAUUAACCUUGAGGGUUCAAACGGAAGGCAAAUUACGUGAGAGUAAAGAAAACUUUGAGAAGUUUACUCAAACCAAUGAUUGGCUAGGGCAUUCUAUGGAUGAUGAAGUUGAUGGAGCCAUAAAAAAUGCUUCGUGCGGUAGUUCUGCAAUCCAAAAUUAUCAUCCUUGUUAUUCAUCAACUGGAUCUGCUGAACCACCUUUUCAAGGAGAAGGUGGUCUAUCCGACAACCUUCCACGAGUUACUGACCAGGUGGAGCGUCAUGGUGGUGCCGCUGCCUCAACCAGCUGGUGCAAUGAUGUCACGGAUGAAAACCGAAGAAAUAGAGAACGUAAAGUCGAUUCUAAGUCAAUGAAGAUUUCUCAAGAGGGAAAAAACAAGAGUAAAAAGCAUCUAUCAGGAAGAAGUCACAACACAACGCCUAGGAAAUUUCUAGGCAUAAAGGGUGGUGGACAAGAUUCAUUUUUCUCAAACAGGAACCUCGGUUACGAGAAUUUCGAAUCAGUUAUUAACUGGAACGACAAGGACGCAAAGCCGGAGAGGGUUAGACCACGAGAUGAUAUGCGAAACACCAUAGAAUCAAAUUUCUUUGGUAUAAGGCCUUGCUUCCUUGCUCGGCACACAGAUGACAGUGGUAUUACCUCUCCUAUCGAUGACAUGGGGAAUACAGCGGAAAACGCCGAUGGAGGGUCUUCCAACAUCUUCUCAAGGCAUCAAGGGUCAUCUUGUUUCACUACUGAGCAAGGAUAUCAAGUUACUUACUCCUUUCAAGCACCAUCGUUUCAUUCUGAAAGUUCAAAAGUAUCUGCCAACGCACAAGGUCCAAAUCCUCAUAGCUCCUUCGAUCCUAACCCUGCAGUUUGGGGUCAACCGGUGCCUGCUCGUCCUAUACUUUCUCUUCCCUGCAACGGAUCGGAGCAUCUCCAAACCCUUUCCUGCGAUGACCCGCGAAUUUUAGUGACACCUCCGCAUGCUUUGAUCAAUGAUGACUCGCCGUUAGCGCUAACACCCCUUUUACCACAACAGAGAAAAGUCAAGGAUGAACGUACUGUUCCUGAAGUACAAGGAGAGAGAAACUCUGAUUUUAAAAAGAUGAAUGGAAAUCCUGCAUGUUUACCUAAUACCACUUCAAUCGCACAAGGCCUGAUCUCCCCUGAAAUGGAAGUCUCUGCUUUACCACAAGCAGCCAUGAACAGAAAUCUAGCAUGGGAAACAAGAACACCUGUAGAUCAGGACACUGUUUACCAAGGGCCACUGGGUGUCUUGAACGAAACUUCGUCUCUCUCAAAUGAUGAUUCCUUAGCUGACCUAGAGCGACAAGUAACCGAGGCCUGUUCCCUUGUCGAAAAAACCUUGAAAAUAAGGGAAGUAAAAGAAAAGGCAAUGAAGGAAAAAGAACGAAGAAGAAAAGAAGAGCGGGCCAGGAAAGAACAACAAGCACGUGAAAGAAGAGAAAGGGAGGCAAGUGAAACAAGACAAACGGAACGCAGGAAUGACAGAGAAGAAGUCAGCAACCCCAUGAGUGGUGGAGGAGGAACACCUACGCAAACCUCCGCUGGUGCCGAGGGUCGACAAUGGCUCUGUGAACAUUAUAGGCGGCUCUGUCGUGUCAAGUUCCCAUGCUGCGGAAAGUUCUUUCCUUGUCAUCGUUGUCAUAACAAUUCUGGAUGUCCAAAUGAUAAUUCCAAAGCAAGAGAGGCGUGUUAUGUUGAGUGCUCGGUUUGUAGCCAUCAACAAGAGAUCAACCAGGACGCCCAAACUUGUGCCAGAUGUAAAACAAAGUUCUCAGCAUAUUUCUGCUCUAUGUGUAAACACUUCACGGGCACAGACAAAAAUCCAUAUCACUGCACAAAAUGUGGUAUCUGCCGCAUCUUUAAAGACCGCUCCUUCCACUGCGAUGUGUGUAACGUCUGUCUGGACAAACGGCUAGAAGGAAGACAUUCGUGUCGAGAAAAUUCAGGACAUGAUGAGUGCUGCAUCUGUUUGGAAGACGCAUUCAGCGGUUGUCAAAUUCUGCCAUGCUCACACAAGGUUCAUAGAGAGUGUGCCAUUGCAAUGAUACAGAAUGGCGUUCGCAGCUGCCCAAUUUGCCGCCAUCCUCUAUACAGUCAGACAAAUGGCAAUGAGUGAAUGACAUCGUCCAUCCCAGGCACUUCUAUUCUCGCCUUGUUGAUAAAAUGGAGAGGACCCUGGGAAUGGAGCUGAAAGGACAAUCUUUUUAAAUUUUGAUAAUUUUCAGGUGUUCAGAUUUUGUAGACUUUUAACAUAAAUUGUAUAACAGCGUUAUUGCUUAAAUUCAAUGGAGUUCUCUAAUCGUCCGGUUAAGAAGGGGCUACCUAUUCAGGGCUUGUCACGCUCAGGUGAUCAGAAUACACAAUCAAAUCUUGCUCCGAGUUUAAAUUAUUUAAUUUCUAAUCUUUUUUGGUUUGAUUUAUCGGUACGUUUUUAAAUUAGUUUGACAUUUCAAAUUCGAACAAAUGUAGUAAGCUUAGGUGCGUUAGGUGCAGGUGAUAUGUGGGUCUCCAGUAUCAAACUAUCAAAACAUUAUCGCUUGUUGUCAAAUAUCGACUUUUUUAUACUAACAACCCUAAAUUUGGAGAGGCAAAAAUAAGCAACUCGUCGAUGAUGAUCUUAGACUUUGCG